GCCGGGAAAACUGCGCUUCCCGGCAUGCCCUGCCACGGCUGCGCCUGCGUACGGGAGCUACCGCGCCGGGGAGCGGGUUGGUUUAAAGCGCUGUCUUAGUUCCAUGGAAACCAGCACGCCUGCUGCAGGACAGAGCCACAGGCGGACAGGCGGACUGUGGGGUGAGGCUGCCGGGCCCCGGGGGAGAGUCGGCGGCUCAGAUAAGCCCGGGGUCACCUCUCUCUGCCGCCUUCUCCGCUCGCUGGCGGAGUUUAGUCUCGCCCUCUGGAUCCCGGGUCCUGAUUUAGGGCGUGUCUGCACUGGUUGCCGGUGAAACCGUUUUGGAGCGAGGUUUGCAUUGGCCUCCAGCGGAAGGAGGAAGGCUAGCCGCCGGCGAUGGUCUUCAGAUAAGUCUCCAUCCAACUUUUCCUUAUUUAUGUUAGGUUGGAGGUUAUAGUUUCCUGGGAAAGCCAUUUCGACGUUAAUAGUUGUUGGUUGGUUGGUUGGUUUGCUACCAAUUAAUCUCUGUGGCCUGUUUAUUAGAAUGCAGCUGUCAGGAAUUAACAUUCGUUCAAAUUAUGCUAGAACAUUAAGUUUUUGUUGAACUAUUCCCCUGUUUGUUAGCCACUCGUAAUGUUCCACGUACUGUGCAAGUCUCUAAAGAUACAAGAUGAUUAAGAAUCUGACCUGAGGCGAAGCUCUGGUUAGUCUGGCUUGAACACACAGACACUCCUUAUGUUCCUGACUCGUUAAUCCUGGAGCGCCCAGGACUAGGUCUCUGAAUCGUUUCUGUUCUCUACUAACUAGCCUCCGUGGCUUUAAAAGCCAUAUAUAUUUUGACAGCUUCAGAACUUAACGUCUCCAGUCCACCUUUUCCCCCUACUUCCAGAUCUACAAGUUCAAUCAUGUAUUGGCAUCUUUCCUAAUUUAAAUUUAACAUUUCCAAAACGACUCUAAAUCUUCCCACCUGAAACUAGUUCUUCCUAACAGGCUUCCAUUGUCUCAAUUAAUGGCAACACCAUCCUUCCAAUGCUUCCUUUCUCAUCUAAUCUGUCAGCCAAACAAACCUAUCUUUAGAAUAUGUCUGGGUUCUGACCACUUCUUGCUGUUCCAUUGCUGUCACCCUGAUCCUAGCUGGCGGCAUCUUACCUGGAUUCUUGUAGUAGCUUUCCAACAGGUCUUCCAGCUUCUGCGAUUGUCCUUCCACCAUCUUGGUCCAGCUACUAUCUAACCAGAGUGAUUCAGUUAAAAGGUGCAGAUGGAAACUACAAUGUCCAGACCAGUCCUCUCUCCAACCCACAUCAAUGCUACAGCUUCUGAAACAUUCACGGUACUUCAGCAAAGGAUGAGAAUAGUUGAGGAACAGACCAGUUCUCUGAGGGAUGACCUAAUAAUGUUGGACUUUGGUGAAAAAAGAGGCCAAUUGGAAACUGCAAAAUAUGUGGAAGAGCCUAUGAGCCAGAACAUCAUUAGUCCUAUCCAGAAUGAAAUAAUUUGUUCAGGAAAAACAGAUAUUUUAUGGAAGAACUGUGAAUUUCUGGUAAAUCGAAUGUGCCGUCUAGAAGGCCUCAUCCAGUCCUUGAAGAUGAACAUCUUUCGUCUGCAGACUGAAAAGGAUUUGAAUCCACAGAAAACAGCUUUUCUGAAGGAUCGACUGAAUUCAAUACAGGAGGAGCACUCCAAGGACCUGAAGCUACUGCAGCUGGAAGUGAUGAACUUGCGCCAGCAACUGCGAGAUGUGAAAGAGGAAGAAGACAGGGCCCAAGACGAGGUGCAAAGGUUGACCGCCACUCUGGAGCUUGCCUCAGAGACCAAGAAGAAUUCAGCCAUUAUUGAAGAGGAACUGAAGACCACAAAACGUAAAAUGAACCUUAAAAUUCAGGAGCUAAGGAGACAGCUGUCUCAGGAGAAGCACCUAAGGGAAUCUCUUGAGAAAUCCGGAUCAGCCAUGCUACUCAAAAUACAAGAAAUGGGAUCAACAGUGGAGGUGGAACGGAAGCAGGUGCAAAUUUUGCAGCAAAACUGCAUUGCCCUACGCAGUUCUAUUCAGACCACCCAAGAAGUCCUGGCCCAGGAACAACAACAAAAAGGGGAGUUGGAGACUGCUACCUCACAGCUCAAGUCUGAUCUAGUUUCUAGAGAUGACCUCAUUUCCAAGUUGGUUGAAGAAAAUAAGAAUUUGCAGGUGUCUUUCAACAAAGAACAUGAAGAAAAUGCAUAUUUGAGAUCUGAAAUAAUAUCCCUUCAUGAAGCAUCAGAAAAAGCACAAGUUGUGAAUGACCAGCUAACUAGAAAAUGUUCAGAGCUGAACAGCAUGCUUCAGACUGUUAGAAUGGAAAAUACCAGAAUCAUUGCUGACCAUCAAGCCAUUCUUCAGGAAGAACAGAAAAUGAUGACACAGACAUUUCAAGAACAAAACUUACUGCUAGAUGCAGCCCAUGCCAGUAUCACAAGUGAGCUACAGACUGUUCAGAAUGAGAAAACACAACUCCAAGUGCAUCUAGACCAUUUAAUCCUUGAGCAUAACCAGUGUAUCCAGAAAGCACAGGAUAUUGAGAAGAGGACAGCUGUGCAAAAAGAGCUGCUGGAAUCAACAAUCACAAGAUUGCGAGGUGAACUGGAAGCAUCAAUGCAAGAGAAGAAGUCUCUGCUAGAUGAGAAAGACAGACUUCAGAGAGAGGUUACUAAAACAGAGAAAGAAAUAGCACAAGAAAAAUGCAAUUUGGAAAAGGAAUUAGCUAAAACCAAGGUAGACAUAAAUGCAUUAACUCACAGCCUGCAUACUGCAGAGGAAAAGAAUAAGCAACUGGCAGAUCAGAUGGCUUCCAUAGAACUUCAGCAAGCAACUUCUGAUUACCAUUGGCUUGCCCAACAGCAGGUGGAAAAUGUCUUGGGAAAAAUUACUGAGAGUAAAAAUAAACUGGCCUAUGAAAAAGGAAAACUCCAGAUAAAAGUUAAGCAGCUUGAAGAACAACUACAUUCUUUUACUGAAACCAGUUCACAGAAUGACCAUCUACGCAAGUUGAAUAAGGCACUAGAGGGCAAAUAUGCUCAGGUGAAAUCCAUUCUUGAAAAGAAUGAAGAGGAGCUCUCACGAGCAGUGAAGGGUCGUGAUGCAGCGCUGAAAGAGAGUCAGAAGUUGAAAGGGGACCUCGAGGCUUUGGAGGACAGGGAGAACAAGAAGGUGGGGAACUUUCAGCGACAACUGGCAGAGGCUAAAGAAGACAACUGCAAAGUUACAAUCAUGUUGGAGAAUGUGUUGGCGUCUCACAGUAAGAUGCAAGGUGCUCUGGAAAAAGUGCAAAUAGAGCUUGGACGGAGGGAUUCAGAGAUUGCAGGCCUCAAGAAAGAAAGGGCUCUAAAUCAACAGCGGGUGCAGAAGCUGGAAGCAGAAGUGGACCAGUGGCAGGCCAGGAUGCUUGUCAUAGAUGCUCAGCACAACAGUGAGAUGGAGCCUCUACAGAAAGCUCUAGAUGUAGCUAGAGAAGACAACAGGAAACUGGCUAUGAGCCUGGAGCAAGCUCUCCAGACAAAUAAUCAUCUGCAAACAAAGCUUGAUCAUGUUCAAGAGAAAUUGGAAGGCAAAGAACUCGAGAGACAGAAUUUGGAAACUUUCAGAGAACGGAUGAAUGAAGAAUCCAAAAUGGAAGCCGAGUUGCAUGCUGAACGCAUAGAUGCUCUAAGAAAGCAGUUUCAAACUGAGAGAGAAACUGCAAAGAAAGCAGCACAACGGGAAAUGACUGAGCUGAAGAAAGCCCUUGAUGAAGCCAACUUCAGAUCAGUGGAAGUGUCCCGGACCAACCGAGAGCUGCGGCAGAAACUCACAGAGCUGGAAAAGAUGCUGAACAGCAGCAAGGAGAAAAUAAAGACUCAAAAGGCCCAAAUUAAGCUCCACUUGUCGGCUAAGGCGAAUAAUGCUCAGAAUAUAGAGAGGAUGAAGCAAAUAGAAACAGAAUUGAGGCAAAUGGAGAUCAUUAAGGAUCAAUAUCAGAAGAAAAACUGUGAACAGUCCCUGAGUAUCCAGAAAUUUGUAUCUGAAAUGACUAACCUCCAGAAGGAGAUGCAGCUGUUGGCCAAGAGCCAGUAUGACACCUCAGCACGGAAUAAACAGCAAGAGCUGCGCCUCGAGGCAGAGCGGAAAGUACGGCAGGAGCUGGAGAACCGGUGCCAGGAAUUGGAAGAAACUGUCAGACACCUGAAGAAAUGUAAAGAGGCAACAGAGAAUAAACUGAAAGAAGCCAGUGUGGAAUCAGAACAGAUAACAGCUAACCUGGAAGAAGCUCACCGCUGGUUCAAGUGCAGGUUCGAUGGCCUACAGCUGGAGCUGACAAAAAACCGGCUGCAGAGGCUUCCCCGGGAGGACAGGUGGCGGGAAGAGCAGGACCAAGAUAAAAGGCACGAUGGCAUGUCCAGUCAGUCUGCUCUACAUCGAUGGGAGAAUAAACAGAAUCUUAGACUUGUGCCCAAGAAGUGUCACUCUGAACUAGAGAGAAAGUGAUGUCCUUGACAGGGGAGCUUUUUCACUUUCAACAGCGACAUCACCAGGAUUCCCCAAGCCCAGCAACCAGCACUGGCCUGUGUCCACAGUCCUCAGAACAUGAAGUCUUUGAUGUGGGCUGAAGGUUUUGGACCUGAGUUUAUCCUUUUAUGAACUGUUUGAUUUCAGUACAGAACCACCCCAUCUUUUUUGUCCCUUUCCCCAUUUUUCCACCCAAUAAAUUUAUAUUAAUGUG